GAACCUUGGAUCCGCGCCAUGGCUGCUGCUCUCCGUACACGUUCGCUCUUGCAGUCCAACCAGCGUUUUACUUCCCUCUCUCGGGCCAGUCUUCGCUUUGCUUCCACUGGGUCGAAGCCGUUGACGCUCAAGGAGCGAUUAGCGGAGCUCAUACCCUCCCAAAUAGACCAGGUAAAACAAAUACGUGCAGACCAUGGCAAGAAGUCGUUCGGUCCCGUGUUGGUUGAUCAGCUUUAUGGCGGCAUGCGUGGUCUCCCAGCUUUGAUUUGGGAUGGUUCCGUUCUGGAUGCCGAGGAGGGAAUCCGGUUCCGAGGGAAGAGCAUCCCCGAAUGUCAAGCGCUCCUUCCAAAGGCUCCGGGAGGGUCGGAACCUCUGCCCGAAGGCCUUUUCUGGCUUCUCCUCACUGGUGAGGUUCCAACGCAGGAGCAAGUCAGAGCCUUGUCUAGAGACUGGGCCGCCCGUGCCGCUAUCCCUGAAUUUGUUGAGGAGAUUCUGGACAGGUGUCCGCCUACCCUGCACCCCAUGAGUCAAUUCAGUCUUGCUGUGACUGCGCUUAAUCAUGAUUCCGCUUUCGCAAGAGCUUAUCAGGAAGGCAUAUCCAAGAAAGAAUAUUGGCAACCGACAUUCGACGAUGCCAUGGAUCUCAUCGCAAAGUUGCCGAACAUCGCUGGGCGAAUAUAUCGCAAUGCGUUUGGUGAUGGCAAGGUGCCUGCAAUAGACCUCGAGAAAGAUUAUUCGCAUAACCUUGCGGCUCUUCUCGGCUUUGGAGAUAAUGAAGCAUUUGUUGAGCUGCUUCGUCUGUAUAUCACCAUCCACAGCGACCACGAGGGCGGAAAUGUAUCUGCUCACACGGGUAAACUUGUCGGAUCGGCUUUAUCUGAUCCCUUCCUCUCAUUCGGUGCUUCCUUGAACGGUUUGGCUGGACCUCUUCAUGGACUUGCCAAUCAAGAGGUUCUCAUUUGGUUGCGUAAAAUGCAGUCAAAGAUCGGCGAGAACGCUAGUGACGACGCCGUCAAAGAGUACGUAUGGUCAACACUCAAGGCUGGCCAAGUUGUUCCCGGUUAUGGUCAUGCCGUCCUCCGCAAGACGGAUCCUCGUUACACUGCCCAGCGGGAGUUUGCGCUCAAACACUUGCCUAAUGAUCCGCUCUUUAAACUUGUUGGCCAGGUUUAUGACAUCGUUCCAGGCAUCCUUCUCGAGGCUGGAAAGGCUAAAAAUCCAUGGCCAAAUGUUGAUGCGCACUCGGGUGUUCUGUUAACACACUAUGGCCUAACAGAGAUGCAGUUCUACACAGUGCUGUUUGGCGUCUCCCGGGCCUUUGGAGUUGCUGCACAACUGAUAUGGGAUCGGGCAUUGGGUGCCCCGCUUGAGCGACCCAAGUCAUACUCCAGUGAUGCCAUCCAGAGGAUGUUCAAAGAUAAACACUAGUCAAUACCUAUGUAACAAGGAAAAGGCAUCAGCCACUAGUUAGCUGGAGGUAGAAAUAGUUGAGGUAUUUUGUGUUGGUUACAGCCACUUUCACAAGUUUGUAGAAAACGAACAUGGCCGGCGCCGCCGGCAGGCACCUUGUUUACCCUGCUGGAGUGCUGCCCUUGUGGCAUGUGCCACAUGAAAGAGAUGUACAAG